AUGGCGGAUCAUACAGUCCUCGGCGGAACUCGCGAUAUUGAUGCUAAUGCAAAUGAUCUUCAAGUCGAGAGUCUCGCUCGUUUCGCUGUCGACGAGCAUAACAAGAAGGAGAAUGUGACUCUGGAGUACAAGAGACUCCUUGGUGCGAAAACACAGGUUGUGGCAGGAACAAUGCACCAUCUCACUGUGGAGGUAGCCGAUGGUGAGACCAACAAGGUCUACGAGGCCAAGGUUUUGGAGAAAGCCUGGGAGAAUCUCAAGCAGUUGGAAGGUUUCACCCACCUUCACGAUGUUUAA